AUGACUGACUGAUGGCCUACUGCUAGUUAACUGAGAAAAGACAUUUUUCAAUCGGUACAUUCGAACUCUGUUUUAUCAGGUUUGCAAUGGCCUUAGAGUCAUUUUAUUAUGUAUUCAUACUUUGGCCACACAAUAGAAAAUUAAAUUGAACUCGGUUUUUCACAAAAUUUUCCGCCACAGCUUUGCCAUUCGGGAAACAAGGUGGACAUCAUGUGCGAUGAAGGACCUUCCCGUUGCGGAUGUGAGCCAGAGCCUAAGCCGCAGCUUUGUGUCUGCAAGCCCUCUCUCUUCUCUAGGGUCAACUGCGUGCCCUGCAAUCGACUCUUUUUCUUUUUGGUUGGUGCCGGCAUAGCCAUUUACUAUGACAAGGUACAACGAGAAGCCGAGAAGUUGGCUGAAGAAGCCAAACAGGAAGCUGGCAAAAAAGGCAAGCGCAAGAAUAAGAACAAGAACAAGGACAAAAAGAAAUAAAGUUGAGAAGUCCUAUCCACCAAUGUUUAACGAAAAACCUAGCUCAUAAAACCAUCAUCAGUUGCAAUAAAUUAAACAUAUUCUUUGGAA